AUGGACUCACACCAGCUCAUAGAUGCUCAGUUUGACAGAGCAGUCGCCAUAGUACAGGCCUUACCAAAAACCGGGCCGAUACAAACCGACUAUGAGGAAAAACUGGAAAUGUAUAGUUUGUACAAGCAAGCUACCGUAGGCAAUGUAAAACAACCCCGGCCGGGGAUUUUCGACAUGCUCGGACGAGCAAAAUGGGAUGCAUGGGCGAAGCACAAAGAUUUGGAGCCGUACGAGGCCAAAUGGUUAUAUGUUUUACGAAAGUACUCCGAUAAAACGGUAGCACAAGACUUUGUUCGCGAGUUAGAAUCUUACGGCGGUGAUCCAUCUAAUAUUGUCUCCAGUCGUACAUUCUCUCACUCUCAUGGCUCCGAAUCGUCCGGUUCUACGGUUUCCGAUGAUGUACCUCCGUCUCGUCCAUAUGCCCAACCCCAGGUCAUCUCACAUCACCCGACCUACCCGCCACCAGGGAACCAUCCUGAAGACUUCUCUGACGCUGAUUCUGAAGGGGAAGUAGAUCAACAUGCUGUUGCGCCGCCUCGUCUAGAUCCAGGUGUCCCACAAGGGCUGCCGCGACGACCACAAUCUUCUCUUUCUUCGCAUCGGUACCGAACACCCAUGGCAGGUUCCCUUGCUAUGUCCCCUCCACCAAUCCACCCGGCCGUCCCAGAAACACAGCCCCUUCCUACGUACGAGACCCCUUCAGCAUUUGCGAGUCCCCCUCAUCCUUCCACUUUAUCUUCGAGCUACGCCGCUGUCAGUCCAUAUGCUGGCCAGUUCUCCGAAUCAUCUCGCGUCGGAUUUACGUCGUCUCUCCAAAGUCACCCCUCACAGUCUGCGUAUCGUGGUCACACUAGCUCAGUACCACCUAGACCAUAUGGCCCAGCUCGUCCCGCUUCGCGCUUAGCAAUUGAAUCCGCACUUGAAAACGUGCAAGCUCAUUUAACUGCACUGAAUGAACGCUUAGAAACACUCGAGUCGCUAUCAUUCAACCCUUCUAGGUCCCGCAUAUCCAUAAGCCCACGGAAUUCAGGCAAUAUCUCCCCUUACGGGCGGCGGACCCCAGACGAUAACGAAGAUCGCUUAGAGUGGGACGUCAACGACAUGGGCUUGUGGUCACUCAUCCUGAACCCCCUAGCCCACGGAGUACACCAACUCAAGAACUUCGGAAGAUUCUUCAUUAGAAAUGAAGACCGGUCCCCUGCGCUAAUUAUACUUCGCCGAUUAUGUUUGGAUGUAUCUUUCCUUCUAUUUGUGCUGGCAAUAGUCAGGGCUAUCUGGCGGAAGAGUGGCGUUAGGCGACGCGAAGUGCGUGCUGCAUUGAGCAUGCUGUGGCAUGCCAUAAUCGGUGCCAAGAAAAAGCGCGUUAUGGUGGAGAGGGGGGUAUAG